CGCACAGCCAAAUUUUCGUAUUGUUAUCCUAGGAGUUAGGAGCAAACUAUAAAACUCAAAAACGUUAGACAAUUCAUCUGCAUUUGGUUAUUAAUAAAAUUCAUCACAAUUCUUUCAAUUCUUUAUUUUAUCAACAAAACUAAAAGCAAGUCAACAUUAUGUCAUCCGACGAGAAAGAGAGUUUCGAAGUGACAGACUUUGAUUUGGAGACGGAAUUCAACCCCAACCGGUUUCAAAAAAAGUUUACUAAAAAACAAAUGAUUUAUGGGGUGUUUGGGGGCGAGGAUAGUGACGAAGAGGAUGAGGAAAGAGGAGGGCGGCGUAAUAACAGACGAGGGGGUGGGCGUGGCGGAGGUCAAAGUUCCUACACAGGAGGUCAAGCUUUCGUCUCUGCUGGAGUUCUCAACCCAGACAAGAAUGAGACCAAGUCAAUCGAUGAAAAGGAAGACGACGAAGCAAUGGAUAACGAUAUCCCCGUCACAGAUUCGUCAAGUGAAGAGGAGGAAGUUCAAUUCGUGUCCCAGAAAGAACAAAAGUUUAAUAGUAUGGGAUUGGAGAUUGCAGGAAUGCGAAAGCAGUCUCUUGGGGCAGGGGCAAAAGGUUUCGAGAUGUACGGUAUUGGAGCUAAAAUGUUGGCUGGUAUGGGGUUUCAACCAGGGAAGGGGCUUGGAAAGGAUUUGCAAGGAAUCAGCGCCCCAAUUGAAGCUCAUGUUAGGAAAGGACGAGGAGCAAUAGGUCUAUAUGGAAAGGAAAAAAAGACUGCUCCUGCUUCCGAACCAGUUUCAGCCCAGCAUAAUAAAUCUAAUAAAGAAAUAGCAGGUCCAUCUGAACCCAAAUGGCAAAGAGUAAAUAAACUUAAAGAAAAGGUUGAGUACAAAUAUUUAACUGCUGAAGAAGUCCUAGAACAAAAGCAAAUACGCGUCAGGCCUGAUGCUGGACACCUUGCAAAAGUCAAAGUUCUAGACUUGACAGGACCAGAGCAAAGGAUUUUGAGUGGAUACCACGCAAUCGGUGGGCAGCAAAAAAGGCCACAAUCAGAGUGGUCUGAUGAGUCAAAGCGAGACGAAGGAUUUAGUAGAUUGGCGAUAAAAUCUCAAUUCGACAUUCCGGAAUUAGUGCAUAAUGUAGAACUUUUAAAAGAAAGCUGCGAAUAUGAUAUAUUCAAGAAUGACAAGAAAGCCAAGUACGCAUCAGAUAGGAAGGUUACCUUAGCUGAGGAAUUGGAUGACCUGAAAAAGACUGUUACUGAAGAAGAGACCAUGAUUUUUAAAAUGGAAAAAAUUAUGACAGAAAUGCAGAGCAUUUGCAAUGCGACUGAUUUGGACAUUGAUAGCUCGUUUUUAUUGUUAGGAAAAUUGAAGAGAGAUUUCGAAGAAGAAUGGGAGUUGUAUCAACUUUAUGCCUUGGUACCUGCUGUGGCUAUUCCACUUAUUAAAGAGGCACUAAAGUCCUGGAAACCACUUGAAAUGUCGCAGUAUCCUCUUCAACUCUUGAACGAUUGGGCAUCACUCUUAGGAUCUCAGACUGAACAGUACGAAAUAAUUUUAUGGGAGACAUGGAUGCCAUGUAUUAGGCAGGCAAAUACGAGUUGGACAGUAAAAAAUGCAGAACCAAUGGUUAGACUAAUUCAAUUUUGGAAGCCACUUCUUCCACUAUGGCUAUUGGAAAUUAUCCAUGACCAGCUUUUAUUGCCAACACUCUCACAAGCAGUCGAAGAUUGGGACCCUUUAUCGGAUGUUGUACCCAUUCAUGCAUGGAUUCACCCUUGGCUUCCACAUUUAGGUACAAAAUUGGAAAUCGUGUACCCUACAAUCCGGGCGAAAUUAGCAAAUGCUUUAGGCAAAUGGCAUCCUAGCGAUGUGUCUGCAAAGCAAAUAUUAACCCCUUGGAUCACAGUAUUUUCUAAAGGAGCAAUGGACACAUUCUUAAUGAAAAAUAUUGUUCCCAAACUUCAAUUAGCAAUGCAAGAGCUCGUAAUAAAUCCAAUUCACCAAAUUCUAGAUCCUUGGAACUGGGUGAUGGAAUGGAUUGAUAUGCUUCCCAUACAAUGCAUUGUUAAUAUUUUAGAAACAAUGUUUUUUCCAAAAUGGCUCCAAUUUUUAGCCAGUUGGUUAAAUCAAGUUCCAAACUAUGACGAUGUACGCCAGUGGUAUCUCUGGUGGAGAGGACUAUUUAAAGAUCAAUUAAUGAGAGAUCCAGUUGUAAUGGAAAAUCUUCAAAAAGGAUUAGAAAUAAUUGGAGCUGCAAUGCAACGGCCUGGACAACCUAUGGAUUUCAGCUUUAUCCUAAAUCGGGCAUCGUUAGCUCAACAACAGCAAGCACAAGCUCAAUUAAGUGGACAUUCUAAGCCACCCGAACUUAUGGUUGAUGCAAUGCGACUAACUGCUCAAGUCCCUCAUGGAUUUAAGGAACUUGUACAGAUGAAGUGCGAAGAGCUUGGACUUAUUUUUAUCCCGGUUCCUAAUAGAUAUUACGAAGGGAAGCAAGUUUAUAAGUGCGGUAGAGUUAUGAUUUACAUUAACGCUAAUGUUAUUUUCCUACAACGCGAUGGGCAAAUGUGGAUUCCUGUAUCUUUAAAUCAAUUAAUUCAAGCCGCAAGUAGCUAAAACAAAUGAUAUUAGUUAGUUUUUGUUUUUAAAAUGUUUUAUUUUUAUGUUUACAAUUAGCAUGAAUUCAUAUCACAAUAAGAAUAAUUUUGCAAAUACAAAAAGUAUUUUUUUUAAUAAAAUUUCCAAUAAAGGAAAAA